CAGCUGACGGCUGACGGGACGACGUCUGCAAUGAGCUGUCUGCUGGGAUCAAGAUGCUCGUCGCCGCCUCAUAUCAGUAAUCGGAUCCGCUUUGUCUAAUCGAUCGCGAAAGCGGCAGUUUGCGGUCGGCAGCGUCCUGUGGCUUUGGGCUUUUGUGGUUUGCCUUUCCCAACACAAUGGGGAACGCUGACAGCAAACAAGGCAAAACUGCCCGUCGCAUUCCCGCAGAUGAAGUGCGGGCCCUGGCGUCGUGUCUUGGUGUCAAAUCCGAGUCGGAUUCACUGUCCGAAGAAAAGGUUUUCAAAAAUUUGUCAUGGAAAGAAAUCGCCAAUCCUGUUCCUCUAAAAUUAUGGAAGAGCAUCUCAAGAGGUUUGCCUCAUGCAAAAUUCUCCAAUAUUCUGGAUUUAGUUGAUGCUGUAAUUUACCAAGACCCAGGCUAUGCUUCAAAGUACUUAGUAAACCUACUCGAAGCACCCCUUCUUGACUCUGCUGCUGUAUAUACCCUUCAUCUCUUGAAACUUUUCAACACCUUCCAUACAGCUGCGAGAGAUAGUUGGCAGAGAAAUGGUGUCAAUCCCUCAGAUGAGACAGCUCAGUUGCUAACAGACAAAAUGAUACAAAGCUUGCAUAGCUUAACAAAUGACGACAAUGAAGAGCUUAUUAUGAGUUGGCUUCAGAGAGAACCACUGCUUUAUGCAGUGCAAAGAAGUGUCCUCUGCUCUCUGUUUAAGUUAAGUUCUUCAAGUAUACCUGAUAUCAUUCCUUUACUCACUUGCCAACUGAGUCCAAAACCUAAGCCCACUAUUCUAGAUAUUUAUGACAUUAUGUUCAUAAAUAAUAGUUUGCCUCAUGACUUGCAAUCUGAAUGGUCACUAUUGUUUUCCACUCGCAUUCAUGGACUGAGUUUUACUUCAAUGCUUGGGAAGAUGAUGAACAAAGGCCCAACAUUAUUAAUCAUAGAGGAUACCAAAGGGCAUGUUUUUGGAGGAUUUGCAUCUGAUAGCUGGCGGCUUGGGCCCAAGUUCAUUGGAAAUGGAAAAUGUUUCCUAUUUAAACUACAUCCAUUCAUGGCAGCUUAUACAGCCACCGGCUACAAUGAACAUCAUAUGUAUCUUAAUCAUCAACAACAAACUAUGCCUAAUGGUUUGGGAAUGGGAGGACAGCUAGGUCACUUUGGUAUCUGGAUUGAUGCUGAUUUUGGGAAAGGACACUCAAGUGAAGGCUGCUCAACUUAUCAACGGGUUCCUACCCUAUCAGCUGAAAAAGAAUACACCAUAGAGCAUUUAGAAAUAUGGGCUGUUGGGCCUCCACCCAAAGAGGAUUCAGAUGAUGAAACAGAUGGUAACAAAAGAAGCAUUUUGGACAAAGAUAGUGGUGCAAAGGCUAUGCUUGAAAUGAUCGAUAGAGGCCACCAUAGUGAAGGAUUAAGAGAAGUACCUGAAGAAACUUAUUAAGAACCAGACACUAUUGCUGGCAUGAUAAAAACAUUAAUUUAAGUAUGUUGCAAUCAAAAAGUCUGUUCUGUAUUUAUUUGUUCUUUACCAUAUGUUUUAAGUAAAUUAUUAAGCUACA